AUGUUUAACUGGGUGGUGAAAGUGGUUCCUCAGCCCCCUGACGCCCCUGGCUCCCUGGGACAGGAGACAGCCAAUCCCGCACCUGCAUCACCAUCACUGCAGGAGGUACAAAGAGAGGACGAAAGGAAUGGGAUGAUUAAGUGGAUAGCAGAGGGACUGAGCAAAGUGGUGCCUCAGCCGGAUGACAAGUACAGAGAGGAUAUUCGAGAGGAGGAGGAGGAGGAGACAGAGGUUUAUAACAUGAAAGAUGUGCCAGACGCAGAGCCCCUCCCACACAUACCUGUGGUGGAGAUCUUUUCAGACGAUGAGGAAGAGGAUCGGGUACCACAGUUCCCCCUCAAAGUGGUUAACUGGAUUAAGAAUGUUAUUCCUCAGCCUGUGAUGCUCCCUGCAGGUUACGUAGAGGCCCAGAGUAAGGCCCAGAGCAAGAGGUCAUCUCUUGACAAAGUUUUGUCGCCACCUCCUGAGUCUCUCAAAGGUGACGAGGACUCACAAAACUCCAAUGUCGUGGGCUGGUUUGUGACGGGCCUCGGCCUCAAGAUGCCACAGCCUGUCGCGAGAUCAAGAGAUGACGUUGAAGUUGUGCAGAAUGUCUCUAAACAACCCAAAGCAGUGGACCUGGUUCUGGAGGAAGUAGUAGAAGCAGACCUGAAGGAUCUGAAUCAGGAAGUGCCAUCCAAGGCUAUGCAGUCAGAACCACCACAGCCUUUUAAGCCCGCACAGACGACACAGCCAACACAGACGACUCAGUCACAGCCGGCACAGCCAAAACAACCAGUGAAACCAGAAGAGCCUGAACAGACUCUUCCAAAUGUGCCAGAGUCUACAACACCAUCGCUGGAGGAUGCUGAGACUCAGACGGGCAGGUGGACUCCCUUCAUAGAGAGCAUCAAGAGAGAGGCUGAGGGCGUAGCUAUGGCUACCAUGGAGGAACGGAUGACCCAGGAGCGAGUGGAUUUGGUGCGAAUGGCGGAGGAGGUGGCCAGACACACAGCUGAGACGGCCAUCAGGCAGAUGCAAGAGGCACAAUCAAUCAAGCUUUCCAUUCACAGCCAGGAAGCCAUUCUGGAAGAAGACGAGGACCCAGAGUUACACAUGCUACGGGAGGAGGAGAGUGAGGUGGAGCACACUAAGAAUAAGAUGACAGAGUGUCAGGUGUGUCCUGCUAAGGAGGAGCCAGUGGAUGCAGCAAAAAGUGUUGCUCAGUCAGAGCGUGACUCUGCAUCACCCGACGUUGAACCAGAGCCCCAGGAAGAGCUAAAGUCCCAGAGGGCCUCUCCAUCCCCUCCUCCCAGCCCAGAACCAGAUCCAGUCAAGACAGCAGAGCCUGACCCUAAACCAAAGGCCCAGGAUGCCAAAGUAGCACCUGAACCGGUGACCCAACAACCACAGAAAGCAGAGGGGGCAGAGGACGGAACCGCACCUGACACCACUACCAAGGAGGAGGGGGAGACUGCAGAGGAGGGUGGCUGUGGUGUCCCUGCCAGCUGUGAUGCAGUAAAGAGCUGUCUCAUGCGUGUUCCCCACGUGCCUGCGUGCCUCGACAGCUUCAACAACCUGCUGAAAGAGCACAACAUCACCCCUCCUAAACUUCCCCCUAUGCCCCAGCUCCCCACCAAUCUCUCCCAGUUUACCUCCCAGGUGACCCAGCUAGUGCCCUCUCUCCCCCCAGAACUUGCCCAAGAGCUCUCCCAGAUGCCUAAGCAGAAGCAGCAGAAUCCUGACCUGGAGAUGGACCAGAUGAUCCGCCAGGUCCCCCUCCACCACCGCCCCCCGACCCGCACCCCCUCCCCGUCCUCCCCCAAUAGUACCCUGGAGAUGCCCAACGUGCCCUCCUACCCCCAACUGCCCCCCAUCAGCCUGUCCAGGCAGCUGUCAGGGCUUUCCAACCCCGCCUUCCACAUCGAGGACGACCCCACGUCCGCUCGGCCCUCAGCGAGCUCCAGGCUCAGUGUGCACCCUGCUGUCAACGUGGAGGAUGUGGAUUCAGGCGGAGGGGGGCACCAUCGACACAUUCACCAAAUCCUCACCCCCCAGGACCCCAACCUCAAGACCCUGACCGUACCCAGAGUGUCAAAAGCCAGCCGCCAGAGAAAGAACCUGCACUCUCAGAGUGAGGAUGAUGAUGAAGAGGAGACUGAGACCGCAGUGAGGGCGUGGCCUAGCCAGUCCAGCAUCCUCAGUGGAGACGAUGGGCUGAAGGAGCGGCCUGCGUCGUCCGCUAGCCAGGCCAGCUACGUGGUGAACGAGCGCCUACAGGAGCUGGUCAAGAUGUUUAAGGAGAGGACAGAGAGGGCCAAAGAGAAACUCAUAGACCCAGAUGACUCUGAUGAUGACAGUCCCACUGCCUCCCCUGUGAGAGCUCCAACACCUCCUCCUGCACCUCCAGAGGAGCCGGAGGAGGAAGCACAACCAGCUUCCCCUGAGAGGGAGAUGGAGGAGCAGCAAACCCAGUCUAGACUGUGCUGCAAGGUGACGCCUCCUCGCUGGAUCAGAGCCCUGCUUCACUACCGCUUCCCCUCUAGCAUCGACCCCUUCACCAAUCUGGUCUAUGUGCUGUGGCUAUUUUUCGUCACCUUGGCGUGGAACUGGAACGUGUGGCUGAUCCCGAUGCGCUGGGCCUUCCCCUACCAGACCCCUAGUAACAUCUACCUGUGGCUGCUAGCCGACUACCUGUGUGACCUCAUCUACAUCCUGGACAUCAUGGUCUUCCAGCCCCGCCUGCAGUUUGUCCGGGGUGGCGACAUAGUGUUUGACAAAAAGGACAUGCGAAAGAAUUACAUGAAAACUUUCCGGUUCAAGAUGGAUGUCAUCAGUCUUGUGCCACUGGAAUUGUUCUAUUUUAAAACUGGGAUCAACCCACUCCUCCGCUUCCCACGGCUACUAAAGGUAAUGUCUUUCUUCGAGUUCAACGACCGUCUUGAGGCCAUCCUGACCAAAGCCUAUGUUUACAGAGUGAUCCGGACCACCACCUACCUGCUGUACUGCCUCCACUGCAACGCCUGUCUGUUCUACUGGAUCUCUGCGUAUGAAGGUCUGGGCUCCACGAAGUGGGUCUAUGAUGGGAAGGGCAACAGUUACAUCCGCUGCUACUACUUUGCUGUGAAGACUCUGAUCACCAUUGGUGGACUGCCGGAGCCCACAACGCUCUUUGAAAUCAUCUUUCAGCUCAUCAACUACUUUGUAGGAGUGUUUGCCUUUUCCAUCAUGAUAGGACAGAUGAGAGAUGUGGUUGGUGCAGCCACUUCCGGACAGACUUACUACAGAGCAUGCAUGGACAACACUGUCAAAUACAUGGCCUCCUACCGUAUCCCCAAAGACGUGCAAAACCGGGUCAAAACCUGGUACAACUACACCUGGCAGUCCCAGGGCAUGCUGGAUGAACAGGAGCUUCUGGUCCAGCUCCCAGACAAGAUGAGGCUGGACAUCGCUGUGGAUGUCAACUAUGACAUUGUCAGUAAAGUCUCUCUCUUCCAGGGUUGCGACAGACAGAUGAUCUUUGACAUGUUAAAGAGUCUGAGGUCUGUUGUUUACCUCCCGGGGGACUAUGUCUGCAAAAAGGGCGAGGUUGGACGGGAGAUGUACAUCAUCAAGGCCGGGGAGGUGCAGGUGGUGGGCGGGCCAGACGGGAAGACCGUGUUUGUCACACUGAAGUCGGGGUCAGUGUUUGGGGAAAUCAGCUUGCUUGCAGUGGGUGGAGGAAACAGGAGAACAGCCAACGUAGUGGCUCAUGGCUUCACCAACCUGUUCAUCCUGGACAAGAAGGACCUCAAUGAGAUUUUAGUGCAUUACCCCGAGUCUCAGAAGCUGCUCCGCAAGAAGGCAAGGAAUAUGCUGACAAAAGACAAGAAGCCUCAGGAGCCUCCGAAGGAGCCGGCCCAGGUGAUCCCUCCUCGGACAGAGACACCCAAGCUACUUAAAGCUGCUCUGGAGAUGGCUCGUCAGAAAACAGGCCUCAAAGGGACCCUUGCAAAGAUUAAGGAGAACACCAACAUAUCCAGUAUUUCGCUUCAGCCCUCAAUGUCCUCCUCCCUGACCCCCCUGUCCCCAGUCUCUCCAGUCUCCAGUCUGGACCCAGAGCGCAAGUCUGGCAUCAUGUCCCCAACCUCAGACAGCUCCACGUUGCUCCGCCCCGCCUCCCAUUGUCACAGAGGUGAGACGCUGUCCAAGGAGCAGGACAACGUGGCGGAAGAAGAGGCAGGAGAGAGUGGGGAGAGGAAAGAAAAGAGAAAGCCAUGA